AUGCGUGUAUUCAUUCUUGUUACCGCCCUCGCCACGGCUACCGUUCACACCGUCCAUGCCAUGCCUAAUUCCAACCUCGCGGUACGCAGUGCCUUCCCAGAUGCCGCAGGCAUCCCGCACGUAUCACAUCCUUCCCACCAACACAACAGACUUGGCGAGGGUGAACAACGGAUGGUUCUUGGCCACGCUGCGCCAGGGUCCGUUCAUCUAGCCGAGCCGCGUGAGGAGCAAAGGGCGCCGAUCGCUAGAAGGGAGAAGAAGACCAGAAGAGGAGUGCUUAGGGAGCGGACGAUCAAAAACGCAGACUACGGUUCUGGAAGUGCUCCUGCAGGGGAGGCCGUGGCAAACUCCCAAGCUGAACCUGCUCCCAGCCCGAACAGCACGCCCGCAGCCGCUCCUGGUCCCGCAAGAAUCUCUGAUGACGCAGGACCCCCUCAAGCUGCCCACGCCUGA